UGUACUCGACGUGUAAUCGGUUGUGCCCGGUGCCGCGAUUGAUGGAAAGGACGAAUUUGCGAACAAUCGAUAACCUCUAUCCAUCAUCCGUAAAACGGCGUCCGACGGCCGCGUUUCAUCGCGACAGUGCUCUCGAUUCGUUGCUCGAGUAACCUUUGCCCUUGCCCAAAGUCACCGAAAACGUCCGCGGUACUGGAAAGUUGGUUUACGGAUUUAAUUAAUUCAUCGCCCUCUUAAUCAGGCAUAGUCCGUGUUAUAAACAGCUGUUGCUUACUUCUACUUAUUAACGCCGGGCGAAUUUUACUUGAAACAAAUGUGGAACAAUUAUUUGAAAUUAAAUUUCAGCGUUUUAUUUCCAGAACCGUCGCUUGGAAGUAAAUUAUAUUGUCGACUUUCUUGAAGCGGCGUGUAUCGAGUAAUGAAAUUAUAAAAGGCAAUAGUAUUUAUGUGGUGUGUGUGGCAUUUUUAAAAGCGAACAAUUAUUAUUUCUAUCAACGAGUAACAAUUACAAGAGUGUGGGGCCGACAGAGAUAAAUAAAAUACAGAAGACCACGAAACGAAACUGAUUGAGAACCGCUGGUUCGGAGAAUCAAACAAGAUCGAUUUUCUCGAACCCACGGAAAAAUAUAUCCAGACUGCAUGGAAAUUUUAAAAGCCGUGAGAUGAAAAGAACGUUUAUAAAUAAACGGAACACGGUGGAUGGGGAUGGCCUAUCCAAUCGUCUCGGUUGUCUCCCGUGUUCUAAUACCACGAAUAAAACGCCACAACGUUUUUUUCUCCUGCAUGCCACGCCGUCGAAGAGUCGAUCGAUUUCACUAAAGAGCCAUUGGCUCGAGUCACGAGCGAGUCAUUUGGGAGAAUAACGAUAACGAGAGAUUAAUAUGGGUUUCGCAUUUCUAUGGAAGAUUAAGCCUGCAAUUAGCGUUAAUACCUAUACAUCGAUUACGGGCGUAAAAGCAUUAGUUUAGAACAUAUUUUAAUUGUAAUAUUGUGACUGAUGGAAUAUCUUCUAAACGUUUUUUGGUAUCUUCAACAAUUUCGAAGAUAUUUGAGUGGGUCUAUAGAAAUGCAAUAAUCCGUUCGACGUUCCAGGGUUAAUAUUGUUCUGUAUUGCAAGAGAUAGUUUACAAUGUGCAGGCUUGCACGAAAUUAGGCAAACAAAGUGUCAUUGAAGAAUGCAUAUUUCGUGCGUGUUUACAUUGCACAGAAAUGAACAAUGUUUGAGUAACGAUGAAUACAUCUCUAUCUAGAUCCGUAUUUUCCAUAGUAGAGGGCAUUACCACCAGAUGGGGCGCCCUGUAAUCUAAAGGGGGCGCUAAAGAAUAUUUCUGAUGCAGAGAAAUGUGCAUAACGAUCUACUUGUUAUUAAUAUACGUAAUAAUGUAACAGACAUAUUUAUACCUAUUCAUUCGUCUACGUUAUUCGAACGAACUUUUCAAAUUCGGACGAUCGUUCAUCUAGAUAAAACUUGUUUGUGCAUCGUGGAUAAAACGUUCAUUAUUCGUUAUCUGGAUAAAAUCGUGCCCAACCCCGAUUCCCGUUAACGUUUCCACGCGACCUUCCGAAUGGUGACGCAAGCACUCGUCGCAAGUUCAAUUCUGAGGUUAUGACUCAACCGAAUAUUAGAGUAACGAUUAUACAAAGUGCUUCGUAAUCGCGUGUCGAAGGUUCGGGUGAUGAAUUCACAACGAGAGGAACAAAAUAAACGUACAUAUAUACGCUGCCUAACCAUUAUUUUCCUAUUUCUAAAUUACAGUGAAUCGAAUCUAUUUGAAGCGGUACACGCAUCGUAGGUUAUAUCAGAUCGUAUCGUGCUACAUCUUUAACACGCCAUAAUUCGAAAAGUCCUGAACGUUUCGCGUUCGUGAAACACUCUUUUUUGCCCCAUUUACGUUCUAACUUCAGUCGUCGAAGCGUGACCGCACAAAAUAACUAAUCACCGACUGCAAAAUCACCAAAUUGGCUUCUUUAGAGAAUAUUCUCGCUAUGGCGACGGCGAAUCGAUGAGCAACCACAUGUAAUGGAAACGAAAUCGUACUCCACGGGGUUAAAGCGCAUCGUUGCCGUACGUAGCUUCGAGAAACGCGCCCCGAAGCCCCGCAGUUUUCCGAUUUUCUCCGUAGACCGAGUUUCCCCGACGGCAUUGGAACCGCGACGCAACUCGAACCUAACCUAGAAUCGUCUUGGGGUCUUCGGCAGUCCGCCAAACGCGAAUAUUCUUCGAAACGUCGAUCGAAAGUUCGGGGAUUCCCCACCAGUUACUAGCGACGGUACUCGAGCAGUGGCGAUGUAUGAUGAGCGACCCUCGAUGUCAGUACAGCGCGAGUUAAUCGAUUUCUCCUUCGCUUAAACGCUCUAACAUCGACCCUGAUUAGCUCCUUUGGACAGUGACCGACUCGAUUCAUACCUAAGCAUCAUCGAGGGCUGAGCUAUCGAAAAAUAUGGCGUCAGGAUUACCGAGCGCUCGUCAGAGGAAGCUUGGACCAGCGCCGAUAGCAUCCUUCGAAGACCUGUCCGACGAGGUGGAAAACGGGGAACCGGCUGCGCGAAUGCCAGGCAUCGUCGAGGUCACCACGCCGGCAACGCCUGGCAGUUCGCUAAAGACACCCAGUACACCGAGAAUAGACAUCAGCCGGGCCAGCAGUUCCUCCCACCAUGAGGACAGUAACUCCAGGGACUCGACGCCGGAGAGGGAGCUUCUCGCAGGCGGAGAGCCUCCGGCUGGGUGCAAGCUGACUUUGGGUUACAAAGAGGAUGCCCAGGAUUUGAGAUCGUCGACGGAAGAACUAGACCUGCAAGAUCCCAUCCACGAGCAGGAUCUCAGAAGGGAGUCGAAAAAGCUGGCCAAGAGACGAAAGGAGGAUGGGUCAUUGUCGGAUUACAGUGGGAAACAGUUGGACAGAGAGCGGAAGGACAGUAAUUGUUCGGAGAUCGUCUUGCUGAACAUCAGUGGCAGAACGUCGAGAUUGUCGUCCGUGGGUAGCCAGGGUUCCGGUGCCUCUGGAAAGCUCUCUGUCGUUUCGGCCACUUCCUCCAGGUCACCGAGUCCGCACAAAUGCCUGCUGGAGACGUCGUUCUGCGGGAGCAAGCCUACGCUGACUGACAACCUGAUAGAGCCCUCGAAGCCGGAGACCGACGACUUGGAAAAGAUUUUGUUGAAGCGGGAAGCGGACACCACCAAGGCGCUGAUCCCGGAGAGUAUAAAGGUCUCGAUGGUCGACGGAAACCUAAAGCCGGACCCCCUGGACAAGCCACGGAGGCGGGGACGCGAGGAGAGGAAGGAGAUCUUCAAAAGGGAGGUGGAGAUCACAAAGAGAUUUUUAGAGAAGGUGAACAUAGAGGUGCCGAUAGUGAAGAAGCCAACAGAAACGUUAAGUACAACAUCGACGCCGGAGGAAUCGGUCAGAUCUCUGGCCCAGGAGGUUCAGAAGCCGGUGAGUUUGAACUUCAACGACAAGAGAAAGAAAACGCAGAAUUUCAAAGAGAUCGUGCAAACCACGCCCACGUCCAGCAGCGUGACUGGCAGCCCGAAAUUGCCCAGGCAUCAGAAAGUGCGUGACCUGGAGGGCUCUCGGACGCCCAGUCCGUCUUCCGUUUCUCGUAAAAGCAGUUUCGCGUCUUUGUUCAAGGCACGUACAGACAGCAGUGUGUUGAGCCCAGAAUCCCCGUCGCCCAACACGAAACCACGACGUAGUCUGACUUCCAAGAUAAAGGACACUACCGAGAGUCUGCGCAGCAGAUCCAAGUCGCGCGAGAGAGUGUCCGCGGACAGCAGCAGGGCAUCCAGCUUGAAAAAAGACUCGAAGAACAAAGGCGUGUUCUCGUCGACGUUGAGUCUAUUUAAGAAACGGGAGAGAAAGAAGAGCUACGAUGAAGCGAUCGCUGCUGCCUGUGGGACCUCCGACCUCGCCGAUUCCGGCGAUCAUCCGUCUCUGGAAAGCAUCGGUAACGUGGAGUUCCGGUUCAACACGGAGAAAGAGAACCGCAAGGACGAUUCCAUCUUCAUAAGCCUUCACGCGGACGACAGGAAUUACGAGGUGGCUCUGCCCUCGGAGAGCGUUUCGAUUCCCCUCGAAACGCCCACGAAGCUGCUGGACGAGUACGAGUCCGAGCCUUGCACCGGAAGCAUAGUGACGGAAGUCUCGAUCGAGCACCAUCCAGCGCCCUCGAAGAUCAAAACCGAGGCCCAGAUCGAAACCACCUCGAGAGCGUACCACCGGGACAGUCAGAUCCCGCGGAGCGUGUCGAAGGACUCGGAGAUAUCCAGGAGUUCGUCCAAGGACUCUAAGCUUGGUGGUCCCAACAAAAUAUCCGAGGCUGCUGUCAGACCGUCGUCCUCGUCAUCGAUCGACGGCGGCAAGCCUCUGGAGCACCGAGUGUCCAGCAGCUCGUCGAAAGAUUCCGUCGGGAAGAAGGAGGUGACGAAACCGAAGAGGAAGAGCAAAGAGGUGCAACAGAUAGAGCCGCCGGAAAGAAUAGACGAGGACGGUCAGCGACAGAGGCAGCAGGCCAAGAAACAGGCGACGCAGAAUCCCGAAAUUAGGAAGUCUGAGCUGCUGGACGAUAGUCUCAGGCCGGAGGACGGGCUUGCGAAGGCGCCCAGCGUGAUCUCCGAUCUGGAUCACAACAGCUCGGAGUCCGAGAGGGACUCGGAGAUUGAGUUCAUCAGGAACAAGGUCGAGAAGCUCGCUCAAGAGCUGCCUGACGAGAGGAAGGGCUUGUUCUACGAGGAAAGUUUCGAGGAGGAUCUUCCUUACCUACCAACGACUUUGCCUUUAGAGAAGAGCGUAGCAAUACCGAUCCUGCCUGCGAAACAACGACUUCAUGAAGUAAGAACGAUACCCAUUGAGAGGCCGCGAUCCACGACGCCUAUAAAUCCGACUCUUCUCGACGAGUUUGUAAUGCAAACGUCCCUCGACGAGCGUCGCAUCGAAAAGAUGAAGAUAUCCCUGCCGCGGGAGGACAGUCGCAAGCUGAAGAGCCCGCGGAAGCACGCGGCGAAUACUUUCUCGGAGUUCGCGGGUACGGUGCCCGACGGGGCUCGAAAGGCGGCGGGCAAAUCGCCGAGCCCACCUCCACUGCCACCGAGAGCGCCGGCCAGACCGACCAACUGGAUCAACUUUGAGGAGAUACCAGAGAAGAGGAAAGCACCGAAGAAGAUUCAGACGAUCCCGCGGGUCGAGGACGAACCGAAAUCCGGCGGUUACAGCUACGUGCAACCGGAAGAGUGCAGGUGCGAAUGUCACGAGGAGUCGCGAAGGGCGUCGAUGAGAGAAGCCGCCGCGACAACGAGAACGUCGUCUUCUUGCAGCAGCAACGGCGAACGAUCGUGCAACGGAGACAAUUGCACGGUGCCGGCGUCAGCGUCCGUAGAUCGUGCCAGCAUCGUCAGUGACAGCUCGCUGGAGUGUAGCCUGAGCAUCGAGGAGGGCACGCAAACCCUUCUCGCAGACUCAUCGUCGAAACCGUUCGGCAUGGACCUCGACGUCAGGUCGAACAGGUCCAGCAUCGUGUCGCAGGACGAGAACGACGAGAUCCAGCACCAAUAAUAGUUUCACGGCACGUCUCCUCGCCUUAUUCUCCUUACCAGAUUCUCCUUCUCGUUCGAACUCACUCGGUCGAAUUCUCGUUGCUCCUGCUAGCGGCGUUCGGUGUUGCUGGACAACAAACAAAUUCCAGUCUCGUUUCUCUCUAUUCUAUGAUGUCUUCUUUCCCCAAAGCAGUAUUCGGCGUCGAUGGUUUUAGGGAGCACGCAGUACUAUCAGUGACGGGUCUACCGUGAUACUUGCGAUGUUCGAUCUUCAAACGAUGUCACUUUUUCAUUAAGUACCACGCGUUACGAUGGGAUUUCAAACGCUUGGAAUAACGGACAAAAUUAAACGGCCCCCCUCUCCCCGAGACUUGGUAAUAAAUACAAACAAAAAAUUAUUAGGGACUCCUUCACUGAAUUUUACUCCUCUUUCAAAUCUAUGAAACGUGUAGGAAUAAGUAUUAAUUUUUCUAUUGAAUUUUCUUAGUGUCUUACUGUGAAAUGUUAAUUUUUGAAAUUUCUUCCGUUCGCUAACGCGUACGUAUAUUAUUUUAUUGUUUCGGUACAUGAUAUUUGGCGUAAACCUCUUUUGCAUUAAUUUUUUUAACAUCUAUAAAUAAUAAUUAUUAAUAUAAUAAAUAUAUGUCGUUGGUAAAUAAAUACUUGUUAUAGCAUUUGCAAAUGUGUUUAGAUGGACUACUCAGAAACGUAGAUCCGUCACUGGUGAUAACGCAAACUCGAUUGCAUACUUUAAGGUUAGAUUGUCAAGCAGUAGUCGCCGUACCACGUCGUUUUACCGUGGCGUAGCAAAUGUUUAUAUUUUUUUCUCUCUCUCUUUCUCUCUCCUUCGCAAUAUACACUUUCAAGAAUUCGUAUUCCGUUACGGUGUAAGAAGAUCGUCGAAUAAAAAUAAAUAAAAAAAAACGUAGGCGGUAGCACAAGUGUACUGACAUUCGAGGAUUCGCGACAACGGAGUUGUUUGUUGUUCAGUUCGCACGGUACAAAAUAAUUCACGUUGAACACGUUACGAACGUCUUUCGCUGGACCACGGUUUUCGACAAUCGACCUGCUGGUCCACGCGCAACCGUUGGUCACACGAGUCGUGUGCCAUAUUGGUCACGCGACUCGCGCCACGGAACACGAGUGUCUCGAGCGUCGCAAGUUUUUCUCGACUUUUCUCGUCGUUAGCAGCGAUGGCAAGCAGUCGUUCAUGCUUUUCUGAGAUCGCGGCGAUUCGACAGUUGACACCAACGCAACGAAUAAUUGUUAAAUCCCAGGCAAAAGAAGUUUCGCAGUCCGAUUUUUCGAAAAAUGCGAACGGCACGGGCGCUCCGCUACCUCUUCGCUAGUCGUCUAUCGAACACUUGUAUAUACAUACCUUGUAAUAGUCGAAUGUUGCCAUUCUCACGAGAUUUUAGUCUAAGAACGUACCUUCCUACGAGAAUCCUCGUUCGUUUCCUCGUUAUUUAGAGUCUCACGUUAUCUAUAACGGACAGAAGAAUGCCUGUUGGUAUGCGCACGUUGACCAAAAUGCUUCCUUAUGACAGAGCGUAACCUUGCGAAUUGCGCGGACAUCGAUCGCGGACGGUGACUUGUGUCUGAUAUCAUCGAUCGACGCUUCAUAUCAUAUAGAUAGACAUAGCUCUGUAAGUGUUUCCGCUGAGGUUUAGAGGAAUAUAAACGUGAAGAAAAAAAAUUUAUCGAAUUGUUGAAACCGAGCGAUUAUUAUCGAUGUCACACGAUCGCUCGGCUGUUCCAGCAGCUGGCCAGACUGAAACUUUUAUUGCCCAGUUGCGAAACAGAACGAGAACAGAAAGGGAAAAUGCUGCAAGUAUUUCGGUCCAGGUGUGCUUUCGUAUUUGUUGAAAAUGGAGAGCUAGCAAAGAAUUAUCAUUGACACGGCGAGGUAGGAAACGAAUGGAAAGCAUAUAGGACGAAGAUCGCGAAAAUAAUUAUUUGCGCGUUUCGUUGGUCGCAUAUGAUGCGCGCGUUAUCGAUAGAUUGUUCUAUAAGUAUUACGUAAGAGUAUUGUGUGUGCGUAUGUGCGUGGAGAGGUAUAUACACGGGCACCCUGUGGUGCAUAUCCAUGGAAUUCACAUUUUUUCCAAACUGUUUAUCAUCGUUCUCAAUUCUCCCACGAGGACCAUCGCGGUUCUUCUUGGAAACAAGCCACCGUCCGGCGAACGAUACAGGACGACGAGAAACGAAACGCGGAAGUAUCGGUUAGUUAGUGAGCUUAGGCGUACAAGAAAGAAUCAAACGACCAUGAAUCACCAAAAUCAUUGUUAUUUUACACGUCGUUGAAUAAUGGGAUGCUGUACAGUAUCCAAAUUAUGUUUCAACGUUACGGUAAACCUCGGUUGGCCCAACGCUCCUGAAUCGUCGACAUUUUGUUUUUACUUCGGUGAUACGAUGGCAUACCCUCGGAGUCGCGAAGAAAGUACAACGCGAAGCGAACAACUUGCUUUUCGACUCGUUAUCAAAACAUUUCCUCUUUCUUCUCCUUCAGCCCCUCUCCCCUUGGAGAGAAAGAUUCCGCUUUGUGGAAGUCAAAUCGAAGAAAGUACAAGGUAGUAGAAGUAAUCGUAAAAUUAUCCAAUGCUCGGCUAUCAUUAGGGAUCUUAAUUUAGCAGUAUGUACUAGCGAGUCACGACGAUCGGUUACAUAGUUUAGAACAGGCAUGCCUAACGCGUUGCCCGCAGUAUAUCCGGGCAGAUAAUUUUUUACAGUCACAAAACCACGCCCUCACGAACAACGAUCUCGUAGUGAGGUAUGCUACAAAGGCACACGGCGUAUGCAUUCAUAGUGCCCUAACGCAUUCGUGAAUUUAAGCACCAUAGAAAAAGAAAUCUCAUAUACACGUAACGCAAUGAAACAAAAGCUUUUGAAAGCUAAUGUAAUUAAAACUUCCAAACUGUCGGUACGAAAUUUUUAAAUCGAGCAUUUUAUAUAUAUAUACUCAAACACUAUCACUAGAUACUUUGAUCAUCGUUACUUAUUUAAUGUUAUUCGCCCAUAUAAAUCGUCGGUAUCAUUGUAAAUAUCAAAUAGAACAUCGGCAUAUACCUCCUAAUUAUUCCUAGAUAUUUUCAUUGUAGAAUAUUUUAGAAUUGUAAAUUUGUAUGAAUUGAAAAUCGUGUUAAACUUGUAUGAAUUUGUAUCUAUGGAUUAAAAAACUGUUUCUGAAAAUGUAGUGCUAAGCUCGGGACACUCCUAAACUCAUUGACUUUUGUAGACUACGGCAGAGCUACGGAGGUGCUAGGAGUAUUCUUCUAAGGGCAAAUAUAAACAUAGAUACAGUACUGAUUAUACGAUAUCAGACCUAAGCUACAUACAAGAGAUAUAAAUUACGCGGAUAAUGAUACAGCGAGCAAAACAGUAAAAUCAGUUAAACGGUAUACCUGAUGCACAAACCGAACCAUACUGCUACAAAUGCAAGAGUACCGUUCCCUUCAAAAGUACGUGUUGCGCAAAGAAGAUGCGCGUAAAAUCAGUAUACCGUUGACUAUCGAAGGGUACGCAUCGCAACAAUGGACACACGCGUUCCCCUGUUGGUAAAUUAAUGGUAGACAGUUUUUUUUUUUUUUUAACACGUUGACUGUCAGACCAAAAUUAUGUAACCUAAAUUCCUAGUACUUAUUUUUGUAACCUUAAAUCCAUGAAUUUUAUUCAAAUUUAUUUCCCCGAACAUCUCAACUUGCGAAUAAAUUUUUUUUGUUUCCAUAUUGAAAAGUCCUAUCAUUAUGGGCGACAUAGCAGUCGAAGUAUUGAGCAGUCAAUUGCGUGACAAAGAAAGAUAAUGGUUGUAGCAGGUGGAAGUGAAAUGAAUAUGUUUUACCGAUUCUUGUUCUCUGCUAGAUCAGGUUUCGUAGAGCUUGAGACACUGACAAUCAGUGGAAGGGUCCUGGGGAGAGGGAGAGGGGAUGAAUCGUGGAAAGUGAACUGUGCAGAUUUCAGAGAACGUUAACCUUAAAAUUACCGUACUAAAAUUGACCGUCACUUCUCUAUGUGAACAGUUGGGCAUGCCUGGUUUAGAGUAAUUGAACGACGAUGCUGGAUACACUUCACAGCAAUUAUAAUUGCAUCGCACGUGCUCCACGUGGAUAAGUAAUGGUCUGCUUAAUGGCAAGAGCAAUCUUUAUCGCGUGCAGUAAACGAUUCCGCCUAUCCUUUGUCAUUGAUCGACGACUGACCUCAACCUCUAUUCGCGCUAAUUGAGUUUACCAAUAAACACGAAUUAACGAGAUUAUCGUGAGUAAGUAGAUAUCGGAUUAGUUUCAUUGGAACUCGGGAAAUGUAAUUUCCUUAAAAGGGAUCGACGUUGGAGUCCCUAGGGAGCGAAUCGAACGCGAUUCACGACAAAGUGGAUCGUCGUUUGUAGCUCGCGUGGAUCGUUGUUUGCGAUGCCACGCUCGCAUCGUAGGAAUUUCUGCUCAAGAACGUUGCGUUUCUUCGACGUUGUAGUUUUCGUGACAGCACCAGCUGUAUGUAUAACUGUAUUCUGUGUUCAAAAUGGAAUUAUUUAGUCCUGUUGCACCAAACGCGACAAUCUUUUGGUGAAAAGAGUUCGAUUUUUCGACGGUGUGCAUACGGGUUCUUUGCGGUAUCUCUAAUACGCAUUUAGGAAUUGAGUCAUUGUUCUGCUUCCACCUCUCCAUAUCGGUUCAUCCUUGGACAAGGAGACCCGUAGAUUAAUACAAGAUAAAUUUGAAUGAAUUUAAAUAUCUCAAGAGCAACAUACUUUUCGAAAAAGUAUUAAAUACAAACCUUUUUUGGUUUCAAGGGUGAAGCACAAUUGUCCCAUUUAUUUUGUAUUCGUUGAGAGGUUUCAAGGUUAUUUAUCGAUUCUUAUUCUACGGGAGAAAAGAAGCAAAUUUUUUAAUCAGACGCCAUUUUAAAAUGAUAUUUAAGACAUACUUUGAGUCUUGACACGACCCCCCAUUUUUGUCAAAUGUCUACGAAUCGUUGAUGUUGGUAUGUUUAAAAUUCCUUGGCAUAAUGGUUAAAGGGUAUAGCCGAAUAAAAGGGUCAAAUGUGCCCCGAAACCGAAUUGAACGAACGACGAGUCAUUCGAUAGCU